AAAUAAUUAUUCUUUAAUUUGCUUUCCUCCCGGUGAUUGACAGCUGCUCAGCCCCGCGAGCUGCCCGGCCUCCGCCAUCUUGCCUCACUCCUGCCUGCCAGAAGCCGAGUGCGGAAGUGGAAGCGGCACUGUGCGGGCUCAGGGUUCCGCCUGUGGACGGCUCGCUAUCUCCUCCUCACACAGCCUGCUACCCAUCACAUUUUCACUGUCUUUUCCAGACAACAGAGACCCGGGCGAGAGGGAGAGAGAGAGAGAGAGAUGGCUGGACGGUUACCGGCGUGUGUUGUCGACUGCGGCACAGGCUACACCAAACUGGGCUAUGCGGGGAACACGGAGCCGCAGUUCAUCGUCCCGUCAUGUAUCGCCAUCAAGGAGUCGGCCAAGGUGGGAGACCAGGCCCAGCGGAGGAUGGGGAAGGGGGUGGACGACUUGGAUUUCUACAUCGGAGAUGAAGCCGUGGACAAGCCCUUGUAUUCCACUAAGUGGCCCAUCCGUCACGGCAUCGUGGAGGACUGGGACCUGAUGGAGCGCUUCAUGGAGCAGAUCAUCUUCAAGUACCUGAGGGCCGAGCCCGAGGACCACUACUUCCUCCUGACAGAGCCUCCUCUGAACACACCAGAGAACCGAGAGUACACGGCUGAGAUCAUGUUCGAGUCCUUCAACGUGCCGGGGCUGUACAUCGCGGUGCAGGCUGUGCUCGCUCUAGCAGCCUCCUGGACGUCCAGACAGGUGGGCGAGAGGACGCUGACGGGCACCGUCCUCGACAGCGGAGACGGCGUGACCCACGUCAUCCCCGUGGCUGAGGGCUACGUCAUCGGCAGCUGUAUAAAGCACAUCCCCAUCGCGGGCCGGGACAUCACCUACUUCACCCAGCAGCUGCUGCGGGAGCGGGAGGUGGGCAUCCCGCCGGAGCAGUCGCUGGAGACCGCCAAGGCCAUCAAGGAGCGGUUCGGCUACGUGUGUCCAGACCUGGUCAAGGAGUUCAGCAAGUACGACACGGACGCCUCCAAGUGGGUGAAGACCUACACCGGCAUCAACUCGGUCAGCAAGAAGGAGUUCACCAUCGACGUGGGCUACGAGCGCUUCCUGGGGCCGGAGAUCUUCUUCCACCCCGAGUUCGCCAACCCCGACUUCACGCAGCCCAUCUCUGAGGUCGUGGACGAGGUCAUCCAGAACUGCCCCAUCGACGUCCGGCGUCCGCUCUACAAGAACGUGGUGCUGUCGGGAGGCUCCACCAUGUUCAGGGACUUCGGCCGUCGUCUGCAGAGAGACCUGAAGAGGUCGGUGGACGCGCGGCUGAAGAUGAGCGAGGAGCUGAGUGGAGGCAAACUCAAGCCCAAACCAAUCGACGUCCAGGUCAUCACGCAUCACAUGCAGAGAUACGCCGUGUGGUUCGGGGGGUCGAUGCUGGCGUCCACCCCGGAGUUCUACCAGGUCUGCCACACCAAGAAGGACUACGAGGAGAUCGGGCCGAGCAUCUGCCGCCACAACCCCGUGUUCGGAGUCAUGUCUUAACCUGGACCCCCAGAGGUCUCAGGGCGGGGGGCCGGGGGAGCCAGUGGUGCUUCUUCAUGACUUGUCCCGCUAUGGAUGGUGUGGGACGAGAAGGCGAUCCAGAAUAUAAAAGGAAAAAAAAAAAAAGAGGCCAGACUGGACAUUUAUUGUGAACGUUCCUUUUUUCAAAUUAUGUUAUUAAUAAUUUUCUUUUUUUCAAAAUGAGGGGAAAUGGUUUGUAAGCCAAAACGGUUUUGAGAACACAUCUGGGUCUGUUGAGCAUCGUGCAGUGAGCGGCCAUGAUGAUUCAAUUCAAUUCAAUUCAGUUUAUUUGUAUAGCCCAAUUUCACAAAUUACAAAUUUGUCUCGGAGUGCUUUACAAUCUGUACACAUGAUGAUGAUGAUGGUGAUUUAAGAAGAUGGUGUUGGUGGAGGCCGAGCAUGAUGAGAAAAACACGAAUAGUUCCUUCCUGACACCAGAACAUAUUAUUUAUGUUUUGUUUAUGAAAACACGAGUCCUGACGAGACCCGAUGACUCUCGGGAUCAUCGACGAGUUUAGAACAUAUUAUUGUCUCCUUUUUAUUUCACGCUAUAUUAUCCUCCGGCUUCAAACGCACGCGUCUGAGCGUCACCUUAAGAGCUUGUUUAUAUUUCAUACAAAAAGUUUUUUAUAUGUAAAACUUGGGAAAUCAGGGGUAAAACAAAACACAAUGAACAAAUAAAUCAAUAAUAGAUACCGGUAUCAGCAACAGACUGUCUAACCCUCGAUGCAGCUUUGAUACGCAGUGUUUCCUUCAGUCCGAGCUGAGUUAUCCUCUUGCCCCCCCCCCCCCUCGUCUCCCCUUUGAUUCGUCAUGCAGUCCAUUUCAUUCACGACAGUGUCAGGAUGCAGGGGAAAGAAACACGAGAGGACUUACUGCGGUUAUAAAGAUGAACAAACGACUGUCAGACCAGUAUUGUUAGACUAGACUUUUUUUUUCUUACAAUUUUUUUGUAUAAUUAAAUGCCAAAUUAUUAAAAGAAUGGGAUUUGUGUAUUUAAUGCCUUGCACAGUUCAAAUAAAGGCUCCAAUUUGUUUCUAA